UUCCCGCGCACACAAUGACGCUUCCGUCUUCCUCGCGCACCUUCUUCACGCGCGCUCUUGUGAAUAAAAUGGCGGACGGUGUAGCUAGCUAGUCGGAGCUAAUAAAACAUUUAAACGUUUCUUCGCGGUUUAGUAACGGUUUAAUGUGUAUCCGCGUUCAUUUCUCCUAGGACAUACGGUUAUUGCUUUUAUUGACCUCUAAAAACGACUGGAACAUUACCAUCUGACAGAAGAAGCUACACACACAUUCCUGUCAUGAGGAGGAACGAAAAUCAACCAAGACCAACGGCAGGCUGUCUGUCUGUUCCACUGUUUAACCAAAAGAAGCGGAGCAGAUUGCCACUGACGUCCAAUCCCUCUGAGAGUGAAAUGUUCUCCGGAUACGAGAACAGAGACAUGCUGAGCUUCACUUCAGCGGUCUAUCCAUCCAACAUCGGGAAUGCUCAGCCGUCACCAAAUCGAGCACCGCUGGCUCAGAGAAGUCAGUGGAACCAGCAAGCCACCCCACCACCUCAACAAAGCAAAGUGUGGUCCAGUGCUUCACCUGCUUCAACAGGAAGAGGAUACACACCUAUACCUCACCAACAGAAGUGCACCUAUACUUGGUCCCAGACAGGGCCACAGAGACCUGCAGGCAGACAGGACUCCAUGGCAACCACCCCAGGCUUCAAGCAGGGUGGAUUUCCGCGUGUGAGUGCACCCACUCAAAUCCAGAAUAAAACUCUGACUGCCAAGCAACCCAUGAAGCAGCAGUCAUUUAGCCGAAACAUCAAUCCACCCAGAGGCUCCUUCACACCUUCAGAUCUCACAGCACACACUCGGAGACCUGCAGCUCAGCGUCAGGGCUCCCAGUGGAAGAUCAAAUCUGGUGGACUUGGAGGGGGAACGUGGGUUGAGGACACUUUUGGUACUUUAGGAAGUGAGCGCAGUAUACAGCAGCAGAAAUCCAUGUUACAGGAAAAAGCACCAGCAAAGAAAUCUCUGCGAAUCCUCACCGCCGUUGUAGAGGGUAUGAAGCACUGGAGCCAGUUCAAGGACAAAGUUCCUAUGACAUUUGAGAUUUUUGCCACUCUAGAUUCUGCAGUCACAAUAGGAAAAUUUGGUGCCAAGAACUUCCUAAUGAGGGAUGGAAAAGAUGCAGUGCCAUGUGUGUAUUAUGAAAAUGAUCAGGUGCUGCCGAGGCUGAUCCGGGGUCAGGUGCAUCGCUGUGUGGGGAAUUACGACAGACAGAAAAACCUUUUCACCUGCGUGUCAGUGCGGGCCGCCUCCCUGUCAGAGCAGAGAAAUGCUCAAGAGGCUGUGAAAGCGUCAGACGCCGAGAUGAGGAACGAGGUCCGGGCAUUUUCUGAAAUGUGAUGUGAACGGACACAGCAGGAAAGUUUUAUAGUUUGAAAGGUGUGUUUUAAUUUCGUUGAAGUUCAGAGAUAUACCAUAAUUGUACCAAGCGUUGCUGAUGAAUCAGUUUAACCAUUUAACAAGUGACUCUUUUUUUUUUUCUUCAGUUCAACACUUGUAUAUGCUUAAGACUAUUAAUGAAGUUCGGAACACAAAAAAAGUCAGUUUUCUUUGUUAAUGAAACAUUUUAUUACAAAGAGAAAAACACACAACAGCAAGUCUGGUUAAGGGUCAGAGGAUAAACAAACACAAUUAUGAGGUAAUAUCUCAAAAUAGAUCUUCCAAAAGGGGAUCGACCUUUUUUUUUUUCUUCUUCUUUCUUUCUUUCUUUUUUUUUUUUUUUUUAAGCAUGAACAGACAUUUUACGUAAUUAUUUACAGCCAAAACCACAUAAUGGAAAACUAAAAUACAACAGAGUCAGAGUUCAGAUCUCACACACGUUAUUACAGACAAAAGGAGUCACCGUACCGAACAUUAUUACAAUAACAGCGUCAUUCGAGUGCGUUUUGGGAACGUCUGCAUCAGCACAUACAUCUCAUUAUCCUCAUCGGUGCUUAUCACGCAGUGUACGCCGGUAAGACUAGUCAGUGUUUUAAGCUAUUUAAACAAACAAACAAAAAACAAAACUUUUAAAGUUUACACUUGCUCACAGUUUGGGAUAGAAUUUGUUCAGCUGGCUUUGUUUGGAGCCGAAUGCAAUUGCAUGUUUAAACGCGUUAAUAAAUGGAAAGUAGAAAGUCUUAGCCGAAGACCGAAUAUAUUCAUUUAGCAAAUCUGAAAACAUAUCACACAAAAAGGUACCAAGAGGAAACGCAUAUGAGGGCCAAGUUCAGGUUGAUGAGCAUCUCAGAUUUGUGCUGUAUUGCUUAUUGUUAUAGUCUCAUUUUUGUCAAAUAAUAAUUGAGUGUCUGACUAAUGAGUCUCGACAUAAGUCUUGACAGUAGUGCUCUACUGUUUUAAUCCCUCAUUCAUUCCCAUUCCUUUUUCCUAUUUAUAUGCUCCUUAUUUUGUCCUGUAUUAUUGUCCCUUGGAAAUUCUAUUUGUACAGCUUCAUGUGAAUUUGCUAGAGUUACCGUCUGGACAACUUACAACUGAAACAAUCCCCGUUGCAUUCAUAGCAAAUCAAGACAUUCACAGAAAUGCACAGCACAGGGGGAGGAAGCAAAAAACUAGGAAGCAUUUACAAAACUAGAGUUUCAGCAGAGGUAACCUGAUCAAAGGUAUUGAAGUCUUCUUAAUCGUGGUUUUUUGUUUUUGUUUUUUUUGUUUUUUUUUAAAAAGGCACACGUUGGUUAGGGCAGAAAAAGGUCUUUUGUUUUGUUGUCUUUUCAAUUUUUAAGAGUAUCUCUGUGAUGACUUUGUGUGCACUAAUGGAAAAACAACAGAAAUGCAACACUGAUGGACGCCUUAGUGUUUUAGUAACUUUAGAGCCUAAAUUGGUCUAGACCUUCAGUUCACUUCAGAGAGCCAAAGUAGUAGUGAGAUUUCCUCCAAUUCUUGCACAAGGAUCUGACUAGUGUCCGAUGUCGUGAUUCACAACGUCCCAGAGGAGCUCCCUGAAGUGAUAGGGUCAGGAGAGGGAGUCCAAAUUUAUGAACCAGCUCCUCGGCCGUCCUGCCAGAGCGUUAAAAGGGUCUCAGCAGCCAAGACAGAGUAGUCUUGCUUAGACUAAUCAUCCUCUUGUCCGUACACUUCAUUUUCAAGAUUUUCAAUGCUUUAUGCAAUAGAGACCUCCUUAAGAUUUUUUUUUUCUUCUACUAAAAAAAACAAUAGCUUUCUGAACUAACGUUCACUGGGUUUUAAAAAUUGGCAGCUUUCUGUACAACUAAUAAAAUAGUGUUGCAUUUAUAUAUUUUUUUUCCAUCGGUGUAUCUUGGUAAUUACAUAGCUUUUUUUUCUUUGCCUUUCUCCUAAUCUUGUAGAAUCCUGAAUAUUCAAUUUAGUGAAAGGUACAAAAACAGAUGUUAUCACUUGGCCUUUUAAUAUUCCUAUUAAAACUGAUAGGAAGCGAGGGCAAACUGAGAGAAACACGCAGGUUUUCAGGGUUUUAGUUUUCAGGUCAUUUAAUAUAACAACACAAGUUUAGUGGUGAAAAUGUCAGUGCUUUUGUUGGCUUUUUUUUUUUUGUGUGGUCACGCGCCUCAUCUACUAUUUUCUCACUGCUGUGCUGUUUGGACGUCCACUGACUAGUCACAGCCCAGGUUCUAAAGCAAAAUACAUAUAAAAACGCCAGUUUGUGUAAUAAUUUUUUAAAGAAAUGUUUUUCUGUUCUCCUAGCCUGUUAGCCACAGUGUUGGUUGUUACUGGAUAAAUAUAUGGCAGAUUUUUCCAAACCCUUUCAGAUUUUCAUCAGGAUCAUAAAUCCAUUUUAUUUCCUCAAAAGCCUGAUCCAUAGUGAAGAAGAAAACAUUCAUAGCCAGUGGAUCCAGGAACAGAAUUUUCUUACUCUCCUUUGUAAUUGGUCUUGGUUAGUUGAAUAUUAUUUGAUGUUGCAUGAAAGAUUUCUGAGAUCCUUGCUUUCCUCUCGAUAAUCCCUGAUGUUUUUGAGAAAAGUUCUCCUUGUCCUCUCGCAUUCCUUGCGUCCAGAUGCGUAUUAGGUAGAACUAGAAUGAUCGAUUUACCAUUCGCAUAGUUUCAUCUGCUGUUUUGGUGUCGCCUUUCCAAAGAUUUUAGUGAUGAUGCAUUAAAUUGCAUUUCAUUUCAUGUGAUUUUUAAAAGUAUAAAUUAGUUUGUAGUGCGAAAAGGAGGGGGGGAAAAAAAGGGAGUUCCCAGGAAUGUGCAUUUCCAAAAAAAAGAAGUUUCAGAAAACAGUUUCCACCACGAGGGAUGCCGAUGAAAGGGAGUAGCUGAUCAGAUGAAGGAAGACGAUGCAGCACAUCACACAAUGAACACAAUGGCUCCUCCAGGCACACUUAUUCCAAAGUGGCAACAUUAUGAUUGUUGACCAAGAAGAAGAACAGGGCAAUACAGAUCUUAACAGCUCAGAGAAGAUACGAUGGGCAUGACAGGGGGGUUAUAAAAGUGUGGGCAGUGGAGUGGGCAGGAGCUGCUCUUUUGGGGCAUACUUGGCAAAGAAGGGUAAAAAGAGGGUGAGCAUGACACCCACGAUGGCCAACAUGUAGCCCCAGCCUAUCUGGCACUCGCCGGCGUAGUAGAUGUCCGAAUUUCCGCAGAAGGACUUGACCAAACUGGAGUUUAGGCCAAAGGGAUAAACCAGCAAACCAGAUGCCAUGAUGAACACUGGGGAGAGAGAGAGAGAGGAGUUAGUUUUUAGACAGUUGGUCUUAAGACAAAAAGUGAUGCAGUAUUUUAGUUUAAUCAGUCCAGUGAGAUUACUUUACUUCGUUCUCAUCGUUCACAGUAAUCCACUUGACAAAAUUAGAUUGUACAUAAACAGUGUCUCCUCUUUUAAUGCCGUCUGCAGAUGGCAUGCCGUAUGUUUUACUUCAAUGCCUGGCUGUUACUGACAUCACAGCCUCUUCAUUCAAGCCACCAGUUAUUAAGAGAUACAAUGAAAGAUUUAUUUAUGCACCAUUCUUGCCAGGGAAGAGCAACCCAAAUCUCUAAGUUAUGUAACCAGUUGUGUUUGCAUACUCGUAGUCUAUUCGAGGAAAUAGACAUUCAUGGGGAAUUACUAACAAACUGACAAGCUGGUUUUGAGACUGUGUGAUGCGUUGCAGUGCAUGUUUUCAGUAAAAGACUUCUCUGGUCAUGAGUUAAGUCUGGUGAUUGUAGAACACAUAGGGUGAUGUUCUCAGCAGUGGCAGAUUUAUUGACAUUGCAAUGCGAGACAAUGUUCUGGCAUUAUCACAAAUGUUUUAUUCAAAUCUCAGUGUGAGCGCUGCCAUGACACUCGUCUAAACGCCACAAACAGGCGGACCGCAUAGGAUGAAGCAAACUAAUGGGACGUCUAAAUGGGAAAUCUUCUUUCCAUUAGCAUGUUUCAUUUAUCCUUAUUACCUCAAGCUCACUUUGAAUACUGUUUUUGUUUAGGCGAGUCCAUUUUCUGCACAAAGCCCAGAUUGCACAGACUGAUGAUGCAGGCAGAAUGUACUCAUUUUUGUUUAAUCAUAGUUCUAUUGUCCGAGGAGAACACGUCAUGGAGAACACGUCAUGGAGAACACGUCAGAUCUGACCACCUAAAACCAGCAUAAGAUGUAUCCUUUUGAAAAGCUAAGAAUGAGUGGCUAUUGAGUAAUAUACUUUGAAGAAUAUAAA